CUGUGUCUUUCUUUCUCGGCGGAGGCUGCGGGAUAAUGGCGCGCGCGUCGCCGCUGUGAGGAUGAGUUCCUGCCUGGUGCCGAACGGGGCCAGCCUGGAGGAUUGUCACUCCAACCUCUUCUGCCUGGCUGAUCUAACCGGGAUUAAAUGGAAGCGAUACGUAUGGCAGGGUCCAACGUCUGCCCCGAUUCUCUUUCCGGUCACGGAAGAGGACCCAAUUUUGAGCAGCUUCAGCCGCUGUCUGAAGGCCGAUGUGCUUGGUGUUUGGCGGCGAGACCAGAGGCCUGGGCGCAGGGAGCUGUGGAUAUUCUGGUGGGGUGAUGACCCCAACUUUGCUGAUCUUAUUCAUCAUGAUCUUUCAGAAGAAGAAGAUGGUGUUUGGGAGAAUGGACUUUCUUAUGAAUGUCGCACUCUACUUUUCAAAGCCGUUCAUAACCUUUUGGAGAGGUGCUUAAUGAAUCGGAAUUUUGUACGCAUCGGAAAAUGGUUUGUGAAGCCUUAUGAGAAAGAUGAAAAACCUAUAAACAAAAGUGAGCACCUGUCCUGCUCCUUCACCUUCUUCCUACAUGGAGAUAGCAACGUUUGCACCAGUGUGGAAAUCAGCCAGCAUCAGCCUGUGUACCUGCUUAGUGAAGAACACCUCACUCUUGCCCAGCAGUCUAACAGCCCUUUUCAAGUUAUUCUAAGUCCCUUUGGAUUAAAUGGCACACUCACAGGGCAAUCAUUUAAGCUUUCUGAUUCAUCAACAAAAAAGCUUAUUGGUGAAUGGAAACAAUUCUAUCCUGUCACAUCUAACUUGAAGGAGGGAUCUGAGGAAAAGCAAGAAGAAAUGGACUGGGAGGAUGAUUCUUUAGCUGCCGUGGAGGUCCUUGUUGGUGAGUGGUCUGAUUACCUUUAA